CUGGGGGCGGUGAUGAGGAACAACGUGGUUUGUGUAUACAAGCAGAGGAGACAACAAUCAGAAAGACCAGCAGGCAGAACAACACAGAUCCCUCCGGCUGACUUUAUCACGUUUAGAACAAAUCGGUGACCAAGAGGACGACCUGUUGAAGAUUUCAAAGCAAAACCGUUUCUGACAUGCACUUUGAUAAAUCACCAAAAGAGAAGCCGUGUUGCACUCUGCCCACAGUGAAGAAACUCUUGGAGCAGAAGAGAAGGCGUGAGUCGUCCUCUGUGCCACCUGUCUGCUCUACGGCCAGCACCAGUCCUGUUCCUCCAACUUCUGUUACACAGUUGUCACCAUCUGAAGCAUUUUCCUGUACAGGUGCAUCAGGCAGCUACUCAGACAUGGCAGUGAGCUUUGAGCAGUGGCCUCCAGCGCCAGAGUCUACACUCAAUUAUUACCCCAGCCAUUCAGGAUCAAGCUAUGCUUCAGCCUACAGCAUGGCAUCUGAAUACAGCACACAGCAGCAGGUCCCGGGAUUUGGAGAUACAAUGUCUCAGCCAUAUGACUGUCCGAUGACAGUUGCGGAUCCCAAUAUGGCUCCGUCUUGGCCACUUCUGGGUCCCAGUCAGACCACACAGCUGAGUUUUGGUUCAUCUAUGGACGCCACCAAGCUGGAAGAGGCCAGGAUGCUGCUGAAUGGGAUGGACUACAGCAGAGCCACCAGGCAGGAUGAAGACGGAGACACCAUCCUGCACAUCUACACUGCCAAGGGGCUCAGGGAGUGUGCCUUUGCUGCUGCAGAGAGGCUGAGGGCUGUAGGCAGGCUCGACGCCAAAGAACACAAGGGAAAGACUGCUUUACUGGUGGCGGUGACGGCAAACCAGCCAGAGAUCGUGCAAGAUCUGCUGUCGUUAGGAACGGAUAUCAACGCCUGUGAUGUCAAAGGACAAACUGCCCUUCACCUGGCUGCCCACUAUGGCUUACCUGGGGUUCUGCAGGCGAUUCUGUCUAGCAGGCCGACUGUCAACCUGGAGGCCCGCAAUUUUGAAGGUAUGACUCCUCUGCACUGUGCAGCCAUUUCUCACAGUGUCACCUUGAAGGCUUUGUCCAGCAGUGGGCUGGUAGAUGUUAGUCUUCAGAACAAGGCCGCGGAGAAGCUCUCCUGUGUGCAGAUGCUUCUCAAUGCUGGGGCGUCGCUGCUCAGCCAGGAAAUCAAAAGUAACAAGACUGUUCUGCACUUGGCUGUAAAGGAGGGGAACAUCGAUCUGGUGCGCUAUCUGCUCAGGAUUCCCCUGCCAAACAUGAAAGACUUUGUCAACUUGAAAGCUCAUGGUCACACAGCUUUACACAUGGCAGCUGGUCUCCAUGGUAACCCCCACCAGGAGGAAAUCCUGCGGCUGCUGCUGAGCAAGGGAGCUGAUCCCAGUAUCCGCAACCUGGAGAACGACCAGCCAGCUCACCUGCUGCAGAGUGGUAUCCAGGGAGAGCAGCUCAAGCUCAUGCUGAAGAAACGAAGUGCUUCUUCUCGUCGACGUAUCGUGUCCUUGCAGGACCAGGAAUGAUUUGAAUCACUUGUAAUCCCCAUUUGUAGGAAAAUAAGCCUUUAACAUGUUGCCCCUGUUAAGAAGGGGAUUUAUUGCUACGUGGUUUUGGGAGUCUCUGGCCUAUAUGUUGUUUGGCAUUUUAAUCUGUAGAAUAAUUCACAUUGGAUUAGACAAAUAAUGCUUUAAUGCAUAAAGCUUAAAUUACCUGUGAUUUAGUGUCUGUAAACAGAUAGUACUUUAUUUAUUUUUCUAGGCAUAGGGUGAAGUCUUCAUGUGUAAGUGAAGCGUUUCAUUCCAAAAUGUGAUAUGAUCCAUCAAGCCUUUUUCACAAAAUGCUCCUGCUGCUGCACAAAUUGGCACGUUUGUAAAAUUCUGACAAUUAUAGACAAUUUAAUUUAUAUAUUUAUUUUUUGUCAAAAUAGAUACUUAACACUUUUAAAUGAAAGUGUUUAAAUGAACCGCAUUAUCUUUAAAGAGUAGAAGGUAUAGAAGGUGCUGUGGAUGGUGGAGUAAUGUUCAUUUUCCUAACAGGCUACACUCCCAGUUAAAUGUUGAUUUCUAUGAAAUCGUUUCUAUGACCUCCAGGACAGUGUCCCUGAAACCCCGCUGACUCUAUUGUCAAAAAGCCCCCAUUAUAUCCUGUUAUCAUAUUGAUACACUGAGUGAUGGUUUAGAUUUCAGUCAUUAUGUGUGUUAAGAAUGCAUGUGUUCACAAUGAAACAGAUCUAUCAUAUAAUUUAACUUUCUUUCUUUAUACAUCAUGUUAUAUUGAGGUGUAUAACAUCUGGUACUUCCUUUGUGGAAAAGAAACUUUACUGUGUAAAACUAUUGUUUUAUGUAUUUGAAACUGAUUACGACAAAGAAUGUUCUUAUCACAAAGACAUUACAUGAGUAAGUGCAGUGACAAAUUGUCUGACUAACUGUACAUUUUAGUCAUGAGUCAUGAAUAAAAGUACAAUAACACUGUAUUUAAAAGGUUCCAUCUAUCUCUUUUGAUGUUCAGGCCACCCUUUGAAGAGCCCCACUUACAUUAGGCUACAGAAAUGAGCAGGAUGGAAAAUACAACAUCCCACUAGAAAGCUCUGUCACACUCAAGGAGUAUUUAUGUUUCACUCCCAGUUUACACUGACAUUUACUGCCGUGACCCUUAGUCACAGGUGAAACGAGGUCUGGUGUUCACUGUAAUCUGAGUGAUAAAGAAGUUUUGAGCCUUCUCUCACCUUUGUGUCAUCUCUGUUAUUAGACAUAGUAAAUUCCUGUAGAGCAAAAAAGAAAGAUCAGUGCCCUAUGUAAAUA